AUGGUCAAGGAAACGAAAUUCUACGAUCUCCUUGAAGUACCACCAAAUGCCUCAGAAGCUGAUCUGAAGAAGGCUUACCGCAAAAAGGCUCUCCGACUACACCCCGACAAGGGUGGCGACCCCGAAGUGUUCAAAGAAGUGACGCAUGCAUAUCAAGUUUUGUCAGAUCCAGAGAAACGCAGCAUUUACGAUGCGCGGGGAGAGGCUGGACUGUCGGAACAGGGCGGCAUGGGUGGUAUGGAUCCUCAGGAUUUGUUCAGUCAGUUAUUUGGUGGCGGCUUCUUCGGUGGUGGCUCGGGUCGAUCGCAAGGUCCAAGGAAGACCAAGGACCUGGUACAUCGCGUCUCCGUGUCUUUGGAAGAUCUCUACAAAGGCAAAACCACCAAACUCUCCCUCACACGCAAUAUCAUAUGUGUCAAGUGCAAAGGCAAGGGCGGAAAGGAGGGUGCCGUGCGACAGUGCGGCGUUUGUGGUGGUCGGGGCAUAAAAAUUACUAUGCGUCAAAUGGGCCCGAUGAUCCAACAAAUACAAUCAGGUUGCGACGAGUGUAGUGGGACCGGAGAGGUGAUCAACCAAAAGGAUCGGUGCGGGACGUGCAAGGGCAAAAAGGUCUUAUCGGACAAAAAGUUACUGGAGGUCCACAUCGACAAGGGCAUGAAGGGCGGCGAAACAAUCCAGUUCAGAGGGGAAAGCGAUCAAUCUCCUACAGCCGAGCCUGGGGACGUUAUCAUAGUCAUAGAAGAGAAACCUCAUGAACGAUUCACGCGCAAGGAUAACGAUCUCAUCAUCGAAGUCGACAUCGAUCUUCUGACAGCACUCGCCGGUGGUCAAUUUGCAAUCAAACACCUAGAUGAGCGCGCACUUUUAGUCAAGAUUGAACCAGGCGAAGUCGUCAAGCACGGUGAUGUCAAGGUUAUCCAUGGUCAGGGUAUGCCAUCACGGAGGCACCACGAACCCGGAGACAUGUUCGUCAAACUCAACGUCAAAUUCCCCGAACACAUGGACCCAGGCGUCAUUCACCUUCUUGAACAAGCUCUCCCUCCCCGUCAACCUCUUGAAAAGUUUCCGAAGAACACUGUCAUCGAAGAGGUUCACCUCGCCGAUGUCGACCAUCACACGAGGCACAAUAUGUCUGAUGAUGCGAUGGACGAAGAUCACGAGGAGCCUAGGGUACAGUGCGCUAACCAGUGA